AUGUAUGUAAUACAAGAAGCAGAAGCACCAUGUAUUAACAUCAGUGAUACCAACAGCAACCAUGAGCUUGAAAAACUUCUGGACAGAAUUAAAUAUGUUGCUCGAAGCUGCAAAGAAAUUCGUGACAAGUAUCAUGUUUAUGAUGACGGCCUGUACUAUCUGAUCUCAUCAAGAGGAGUCCUUUACCAGACGUUCUGUGAUAUGACCACUGCUGGAGGCGGCUGGACGCUGGUGGCAAGUGUUCAUGAAAACAACAUGUAUGGAAAGUGCGCUGUUGGUGAUCGCUGGUCUAAUCAGCAGGGCAGCGACCCAAACCGGCCUGAUGGUGACGGGACAUGGGCAAACACAGUCACAUUUGGAUCUGCGGAAGCUGCUACAAGUGAUGAUUAUAAGAAUCCUGGAUAUUUUGACAUUGGGGCACAGGAUGUGUCUGUGUGGCAUGUUCCUAAUAAUAGUGAGUUGGAGCACUGGACCACUGCCUCCAUCCUGAGAUACCACACUGAAAAUCGGUUCUUAACCCUACAUGGAGGAAACCUUUUCAAUUUAUUCAAGAAAUUCCCUGUGAGGUUUGGAAUCGGGACAUGCAACAUUGAUAAUGGACCUGCUAUUCCAAUAGUGUAUGAUACUGGAAGUACGAUAAUGACCAAAAAUCUGUAUGGUCCAAAUUCAAGAGAAAUAUUUGAGCCUGGAUUCAUCACAUUCAGGGUCUUCAAUACUGAAAAGGCAGCUAUGGCUCUUUGUUCAGGCGUUAAACCAAACGGUUGUCACACCGAGCAUUUCUGUGUUGGUGGAGGUGGACACUUUCCUGAAUCAGCUAGACAGUGUGGGGACUUUACAAGUUUCGACUGGAAUGGCUAUGGUACUAAUACAGAAUGGAGUGCUUCCAGAGAGAUAACUGAAGCAGCUGUGCUUCUCUUUUAUUGCUGACACUCUGAUCAUUCUAAAGAGAUA